CUCACUUUGGCAGAGCUCCUACCAGCACGCCCGCUGUGGAGGCGAUUUAGUGAAGGCAUCCUCUGGGUAAAUAUCACCCACCCAGUUUCCAACAGCUUUGCACCGGAUUGACGAGCAGAGGUGAAGGAAUACCUUUUAAAAGGGUGGAGCUGCGGUUUCUUUAAUAAAUGAUGAGGAAUUGAGCUUAAAUGUAAAAGGGUAAUUUGGUGUUUAUGUCUCACAUACAUUGUGUCCGCUGAUAGUCUCACCCAGCGCCUUGUUUUUGUGUCUAAACAAUGACACAGGUGAUGUUAUGUCACCGGACCGACCGGCUGCUGGCUGGUGCGGGACUACCCCAGGCGUUCAUGUAAAGCGCCCUGAUGGUGGCUCUCCAUGGAGGCUGUUUAUGCAAUCCGACGCAGUGUUGCAAGUGGGCUGACUGUCGUUUGAUGUUACUCUGCUGUCUCAAUAUGAUACGAUCCCCAGAACCGUCAGGCCUGGAUGUUUCUGUGAAAUAUGCCUAAAACAUCAGAAAGUGAGGGAGCUGUCCCUGAGCGGGGAUGACAGUGUCGAGGCUCUAAACAGGAGGGCCAACUCUGGAUUUUAAGGCGUAAAAAGCAGCGGGGAAAGCCACCGGACUGACCAUGUCGAAAGUUGUGAGUAACAAGGAGAAGAAAUCCUUCAGCAAAAAGCUGUUCCGGAGGAGCUCGGUGCGCUCCGUGGGGAGCUUUAUGAACAGAGUUCUACGGACUCUCUCCACUCUGUCUCAUUUCGGCACCGACGAGCAGGCCGCCGAGGAUGAGAAGGACGAUGCAGCUUUGAUCCCGACUACCACCGGAGGGUCAGUCCCGUCCGACGACAGCGACUGCGGGGGUUUCCCGUUCGGGGACAAGGUGCCGGGUGUUGCCGGGCUCAAGAACCAUGGCAACACCUGCUUCAUGAACGCUAUAUUGCAGUGCCUGAGCAACACGGAGCUGUUCGCUGAGUACCUGGCUCUGGAGCAGUUUAAAGGAGGAGGAGAGACCAGCAGUAACAGCGACAAGGCCAAGUCUAACGGGGUGCUGGUGCAGAAGAAGGGGAGCCAGCAGCCGCAGGAGGCAGGGGAGGUGACAGAGCAGCUGUCCGGUCUGGUUCGGGCGCUCUGGACCUUUGAGUACACGCCUCAGCACAGCAGAGAUUUCAAGAAUGUGGUGUCAAAGAGCGCCCUUCAGUUCAAGGGUAACUCCCAGCACGAUGCCCAGGAAUUUCUCCUCUGGUUGCUGGAUAGAGUUCAUGAAGACCUCAACAACAUCAUCCACCCUGAGAGCAGACCUCCAAGGAAGCCUCCAGUAGAAGAUGAAAAUCCGCCUGAAGGAUCUCCACAACCAGCACCUGGCUCUUUUGUACAAGAACUGUUUCAGGCACAAUACAGGUCCUCUCUGACCUGCCCUCACUGCCAGAAACAGAGCAACACUUUUGAUCCUUUCCUCUGCAUCUCACUGCCAAUCCCUGUACCUCACACACGGCCCUUGUAUGUGACAGUGGUGUACCAAGGAAAGUGCUCCCACUGUAUGAGAGUCGGGGUGGCGGUGCCUCUCUCUGGCACUGUGUCCAGGCUGAGACAGGCUGUGGCCCAAGAGACCAAAAUCCCUGCUCAACAGAUUGUCCUCACUGAAAUGUACUAUGAUGGCUUUCAUCGCUCCUUCUGUGAUGAUGAUGACGACCUUGAGAUCAUUCAGGAGAGCGACUCCAUCUUUGCCUUUGAGACACCUGAGCUAUUCAGACCAGAGCAGAUCCGCUCAAAGCGAGGCGGGAGCCCACAUGCAAAUCUCAACCAGAACAACUUGAAGUAUGGCACAGAUAAUAACAGGAUAUCUACACAAAUACAAGAGCCUACAACCCCACCUCAGAGUCCCAAUAAAAAUAGUGGGCAGGCUGAGAAGAUUGUCCUGUUGGUGUGUAACAGAGCCUGUGCGGGACAGCAAGGACGCAGGUUUGGUAAUCCAUUUAUACUCUAUUUGGAGCGUACAGUGACAUGGGACGUACUUCAGAAAGAGAUUCUGGAGAAGAUGCAGCAUCUUUUACGCCCUGGAGUCUUAGUGCAGGUGGGACCCUUCACUUUGCGUGUGGUAGGAGUGGUUGGAAUCACUUAUCUCUUACCUCAGGAGGAGCAGCCGCUCUGCCAUCCCUCUGUGGAGAGGGCCUACAAGUCUUGCGGUCCUGGAGGGCCACCUCAUGUAAAAAUUGUAGUCGAAUGGGACAAGGAGACGAAAGACUAUCUGUUCAAAAGAACUGAGGAUGAAUACAUCCCAGAUGCUGAGAGUGUGCGUCAAGUAAAGGAGCAGCACCUGCAGCCUCAGACCUGCUCACUUGCCCAGUGCUUUCAACUCUACACCAAAGAGGAACAGCUUGCUCCUGAUGAUGCCUGGCGAUGUCCACACUGUAAGCAGCUUCAGCAGGGCAGCAUCAAGCUCAGUCUGUGGACCCUGCCAGAUAUCCUCAUACUACACCUGAAACGCUUUAGACAGGAUGGGGAUCGACGGAUGAAGAUGCAGAACAUGGUGAAAUUCCCCCUGACAGGCAUGGACAUGGCUCCACAUAUGGUAAAGAGAAGCCAGAGCAGUUGGAGUCUACCCUCCCACUGGUCACCAUGGAGACGGCCUUACGGUAUGGGCCGUGAUCCCGAGGACUACCUUUAUGACCUGUAUGCAGUGUGUAACCAUCAUGGGACCAUGCAGGGAGGACAUUACACAGCUCAGUGUAAGAACUCCAUUGAUGGACAGUGGUAUUGCUUUGAUGAUAGCGAUGUUCAACCUAUUUCUGAAGAUGAGGUCUGCAAGCAGACUGCUUACAUCUUGUUUUAUCAAAGACGUGCCACAAUUCCAUCUUGGUCUGCCAACAGUUCUGUGGGAGGAUCCACCAGUUCUUCUUUGUGUGAGCACUGGAUUAGCCGGCUGAUGGGUAGCCGUCCACCUAGCCAAGCCUCAUCUGGUUCCUCCAGACGCACCUCACUGGCCUCCCUCUCUGAGUCUGCUGAGUUUGCUGGUGAACGCAGCGAAGACGAUGGCUUAUCAAGCCGUCCAGCAGUGAGAGGCAUGCAAAGACAGACAUUCUCUUCAAGAUCUUCCAUUGCCAGCCCACUAGUGCUUGGUGAGAACGGCACUAAACCAUCCUGGUCCCACUCCGCCAAGCUCCAACUCCGAUCCAACUCUCCAUCACGCUUCUCCCUGGAAUCCCACUCCUCCUCCCCGACCCUCGAAAGGAUAGGGGAGGUGGUUGAUAGCAAGCUGUCAACCUCCUGCUUCAGUGGGUCACCUAAGCCAGAAAGAUUUUCAGGGGGCAAGUCAUCUCUUGCAGCUUUGGAUAGUAAUCCAGGCAGUAAGAGGCUGAUAGAGCAGGUUCACUCCAAGGCUGUGGCACAGGCAGAGCAGAGGAGCUCCUCCCAGGCUGGGGAUAACAACAAUAUAGUUGCUGCUGCUGAACAAAUCAGUCCUCGACAUGGGGCGACUGCAAAGGAACCAAAACAAAAAAAUGGUGCUCCAGAUAGCGCUCCUGUCAAAAGGACCUCAGCAAAGACUGGGUUGGAGAGUGAAAGGAGUCCUAAGAAGCGACAUGCCACCUCCUCAACGUCGUCUAGUUCCCUGUCUCCUGCAUCCCCAGCCAUUGACAAGUCACCAUCUCGAACGCAGACCAAGGGUUCAGCAGCAGCAUCAAACCCCAAGGAUAAAAGUGAUGGACCACCUAAAGCUGUUAAGGCUGGUUCCUCAAGAACAGCAACCCCCUCCAGGAAAGGGUCAUCCCAAACCCAGGAGGUCUUACAUCCUGACUCUGCACAACAGAGGAAGAGUGGUUCUCCAGGAUUACAAAGUUCACACCCUCAAAGGAGGACAUCACCCAGAAGUGGAGGCGAGAAAAGCUCUGCCCCAGGUAGGACUAAAGUAGCAGACAGGAGUACAAGUCGUGAAUCCUCACGGACCAAUAUGGUCUCAGAAAAAAAGGUUAACCAUGGAGGUCCUUCCUCCAGGUCGAGUGCUGGUAGUAAAGCAGAGGUCAGGCCUGGCCGUGCUGCGGAGAACAGGGUGGCAGGACGAAGUUCAAGCAGUAGCUCUUCAAUGACUAGUCUACGAUCCUCGAGUGUGGGUGUUUCAUCUGUAAGUGCAGCCCAGCCAUCAAAGGGACCUCGAAGAAACAGUAAGACAGAGGACAAAGGUUUGUCCUUCUUCAAAACUGCUCUGAGGCCCAAAGAGACACGCAAGUCGACUGAUGGUGGGAAAGCAGGGGCAGCGGAAGCUAAGGGAAGUCCGGAGGAUGUUGGUGGGGAUGCAGCAAAAGAGGGAAUCACACAUGGGGCAAGCAAGAAAGCCCAGAAUGCGGCUUCAGAGGCCCAGACAAAUGUGAGCACAGCCAAAGAAAAGGAGUCCUCUAAGGUGUCCAAUGCAGCUAAGCAUUCACUGCUGCCCUCCACAAAAUCCAAGCUUUCUGGAGCAGAAACAAGCAACCAGUCAUCUGCCAAUGCAAAAGAACCUUCAAAGAAAGAGCCUGCUAAAAAGACAAUGCAGUCCAGAAAAAUCCCUAUCGGCUCCACACAAACUAGCCAGAGGUCGAAGUAA